GCACUGUUCACGAUUGCAAUCAUCCAUGUGCUUUAUCUGAUCCCAUUCCUGGACACUUUUGCGGCGUUGGCUUCACAUGCUGAUGUGAGCGGCGCAUUGGCGGAUGAUAAAACGUUUCGUGUGAGACAUCUUAUCGAUACGCUUGCUGAUUACAAGAAAAAUAUGUGGAUAAUUGUGGGUAAUAUGUGCAUUACAUUGUCCACUUCGUGCUUCAUAUUGCUCCUCAGUACUUCAUCACCGAAACUUGUUUAUGACAUUGCUGUAAGUUACGCUUAA